AUGUUGCAUUGCAACCCAAGGGAAUGGAACUUCGACAUUGAUCGGUUGCUGAACCCCUUCAUCCCGCCUCCGCCAUGGCACCACCUCCCCUACCCCAUCGCCCACUUCUUCGGCCACCGCAGGUCUAAGCCCAGCAACGUCGGCAACCUCGUUCCCAUCUUCUGGGCCUGCAUCGGCGUCUUCUGCGGCGUCGCCGUCGUCGCCAUCGUCUCGCGUCAGAUUCCCGUCUUCAAGGAGCACGGCGCGCCCAUCAUAGUGGGCAGUUUUGGCGCAGCCGCCGUCUUAGAGUUCUACUCUAUCGAGUCCCCCCUCGCCCAGCCCCGCAACUCAGUCUUCGGCCAGCUCCUCGCCGCCGUCAUUGGCGUCGCCAUCUGCAAACUGCUCCAGCUGAGCCCGCACUUCGAGUCCAUCCGCUGGCUCGGCGGCGCCCUGUCGUGCGCCCUGGCCACCACCGUCAUGGCCCUGACCAAGACCGUCCACCCGCCCGCCGGCGCCACCGCGCUGCUGGCCGUCGUCGACGACGGCGUCGUCCGCCUGGGAUGGAUCCUGGUCCCCAUCGUCCUGCUCGGCUGCGUUCUCAUGCUCGUCGUCGCCCUCGUCAUCAACAACAUCCAGCGCCGCUUCCCGCAGUACUGGUGGUCGCCCGAGGACGUCCGCCUGCACCGCGCGCCCUGGCGCCGGCGGGCCGACAAUGAUAACAAGGACGUGGAAAGUAAAGGAGGAGGGGACGGCAGCUCCGACGAGGCCGAGGCCCGGAGCCGGAGCGAAUCGACGGUGAGGGAGGAUGCCGUGUUGAUCAUGAGGCCCGGGGAGGUGAUUGUUCCAGAAACCAUGUUCAUCACGCCCGAGGAGAAGAUGUUCUUGGAAGAACUGAGUAAUCGACUAUGA